GAUCAGUGCUGUUUAGCUGGAUAAAAAUCUGAAAGCUGAAGUGCUGUUUAGCUUUAAUAAGAUAAGUCCUACCUGUAGACUUUACAUUAGGUUUACAUCUACAUUAUCUAGUUACCAGACAACGUUUCCAAGCCCAAUAUCUUGUGUAAAAUACCAGUAAAACUAAGCUAAAACCGUCUAUUCUACACUUCUGAUGAUAAACAAAUGUCUUUACGCGACGGGCGCAGAACAUAUACGUCAGACCGUAACCUACUACAUUUCCCAUGAGCGCAAACUCUAUUUAACUACACAGGACAACAUGGCGGGAAUUGGAGCUUUCCUGAAAAAUGCAUGGAAUAAAGAGCCCGUCAUCUUUGUCUCCUGUGCGAUUGGAUUAGUAGGUCUGGCUCUGCCAUUCAUCAGUCCCAUCACAAAGUAUUCAGGAAUGAUCAAUUCAUCUGUGCCAUACACUUACCCAGUUCCUGUUAGAGAUGAUGGAAACAUGCCUGAUGUCCCUGCUCAUCCACGUGAACCAAAAGGAAAUAACCUGGAAUGGCUUAAGAAACUAUAACCUUUUUAACUCACAACAUCGCAAUCAACAACUGUAUUCUUGGUCUUGUCCAUAUGUCUUAUAGAUGCUCUACCUGUCAGUGUCCCACAAUAAAGAAAGUCUAUUCAAUUCUA